AUGGCUCCUCUCGGUCAUACUGCCAGCGUGCCAAAGGUACCCGGACGCAAGGUCGAGGAUCCACAGCAGCUCGCGUUUCUCCGUCAGCAUGUGCGCGACCUUUGCGAAGUACCCCACAUGCGCUUUCCCGGUGCCCAACCCGUUUCGUUUGAAAAGGCUUCGAUCGACCUCCUCCAGUCCGAAGACUACUGGGUGUGCGAAAAGUCGGACGGCCAGCGUGUUCUCAUCCUCAUCGUCACUCCGGCCUCCACGGGAAGACAAGAAGUGUUUCUGAUCGAUCGCAAGAAUGACUACUACAAGGUCGAAGGCAUCGUCUUCCCGCACCACAUGCCUCAUGAUCCCGAAGCGGCGCGUCUCGGCGGUAUGCGCAACCACACGCUCAUGGAUGGCGAGCUCGUCAUCGACUGCGACGACAGAGGCAACCAGAAGCUCGUGCUGCUCCUAUUCGACCUCAUCGUCCUGGACCGCGAGCUGCUGGCGAAUCGACCGCUUAGCAAGCGCUACGGCCGUCUCAAAAGCUACAUCUACCCGCCUUACGUCGACUACCUCAAACGCAAUCCUGCCAUGGUAGCGCGACGACCUUUCGAUGUGCAAGUCAAAAAGAUGGAUCUGGCGUACGGCAUCCAGAAGGUGCUGUUCGAGACGGUGCCCAACCUAUUGCACGGCAACGACGGCCUCAUCUUCACCUGCCUCAACAGUGGCUACGUGAUGGGCACCGAUCCCAAGAUCCUCAAGUGGAAGCCUCCAUACGAGAACACGAUCGACUUUAAGCUAGUGCUCCGCUUCCCGCCCGACCUCGAGCGUGACCCGCGAGGCAACCUGCCCAACCUCUCCACCAUGCCCUUCUUCGAGCUCCACCAGUACCUGGGCGAUUCCGCAUCGGACGACUACGAGUUCUUUGACGAGCUCUGGGUCGAGCCUGAAGAGUGGAGGCAGAUGGCGGCUUCGGGCGAGCAGUUUGACGAUCGCGUCGUCGAGUGCGUGUGGAGCGUUGAUCCGCAACCUGCAACCGAGCCGUACGUCUCCCAAGGGGUGAGCCUUCCGCCGAGAUGGAGGAUGAUGCGCAUCCGUGAUGACAAGCACCACGGCAACCAUCGCUCCAUCGUCGAAAAGAUCCUCAAGUCGAUCCGCGACGGCGUCGAUGCAGACGAGCUCGUCAGCGCUGCACCCGCCAUCCGCGCAGCCUGGAAGUCGCCCGAGCGCGAAAAGCUACGCCAGGGCGCCGGCCAAGCACCCGCACCGCCCGCGCUGCCUCCGGCGGGCAAGUUCAACCCAAACAUACCCUUUGGUGGCAUGGCUUAUCAGGGUGUAAAAGGCAAGGCGCCACCAUUCCCCUCGGGCGGUCCGCCCGGUCUCGUUCGUCGAUGA